CGAAUUGUUUGCUUCCAUCCUCGUAUGACCAAAAGGAAAAUACUUGGUGUCGUUGGCCUGUGUACAAUAACAUUACCGGUGAUUGAAAACCUACAAGUUCAGUGAGACUAAACGUCCAAAACGCGGCUUGCUCACAUUUCUCCGUUCAUGUCCAGCCAAUGCCACUUGCAUCAUAGUCAGAAGUUUGAUUUCAUCACCGCCUUCUUGCACCAAUCUCUUCAAACGAAGAAUCUCAGAGUCAUUAAGAAGCUCCACUCCCACCUCCUCAGAACAGGCUUGCUCUUUGUAUCGCUCUCUAUUCAUGCCAAACUCAUCUUCUCAUACACCUCUUGCCUUCAUAGAAACACCCUUCAAACCUUAACCAGCUUCUUCACCUGCAUAAACCCCACCAACCCAUUACCCUUCAAUGUGAUUAUUUCCCAUUUUUGCCAACAUGGAUCUCCUUUUCUUGCACUUCAUACCUUCUCUUUCAUGCAUAUUACUGGUGUUCCAUUGGACACGUAUGCUCUAUGUAGCUCUUUAACGGCUUCGUCUACUGUAAAAAAUGUUACAGUUGGUAAGCAGUUACAUGCCCAUGUUGCAAAAUUAGGUUGGACGUCCAGUGUUUUUGUGGGGAGUGCUCUAGUUGAUUUGUAUGCCAAGGCGUUGCUUAUUGGAGAUGCAUCCCACAUGUUCGAUGAAAUUCCUGUUAAGAACACUGUUUGUGCAAAUGCACUUCUGUCGGGUUUUGUUGAGGCCAAGUUGUGGGUCGAAGGACUUGAACUGGUCCAGAGGAUGCCUGUGCUAAGCUUGAAGCCCGAUCAUUUCACAUUAUCAGCAGCCUUACGUGUGUGUGCCGGGUUAUCCGCAGUUGAGUUGGGAAAACAGGUGCAUGCCAAUCUGAUCCGCACAAUUUUUGACAUGGAUACUGAUGUGUUUCUGCAGACUUCAUUGAUUGAGAUGUAUGGCAAGUGUGGCCUAGUGGAAAAGGCUUUGCAAGCCUUUAAUUCGAAAGGUGUUGGACUACGACGAAACAGGCAAAGAGAUGUUGUCUUGUGGACUUCAAUGCUUGGUGUGUAUGGUAGAAGUGGGCAAUUUAAUGAAGUGAUUGGAUUAUACAAAAUGAUGUUGAUGGAAGGGAUCAGACCAGAUGGGGUGGCAUAUGUGACAGUCCUUUCAGCUUGUGGUCAUUCUGGCCAUUUGGGACAUGGGUUUAAGUAUUUUGAAUCCAUGGCUCGGGACUAUGGCUUGGACCCUGGCCCGGAGCACUACAGUUGCCUGGUUGAUUUGCUUUGUAGGGCUGGUGAAUUGGACAAGGCAUGGAAGCUUGUGAAUGAGAUGCCUUAUCAAAGGAAUAGCAGUUGCAAUGUUUCCAUGUGGGGUGCUUUGCUUAAUGGUUGCAUUGAAAGUGGGAAUGUUGACUUGGGCAAAUUGGCUGCUCAAAGGGCACUUGAGCUGGAUCCUCAGAAUGUUGGAAUCUAUAUUUUGUUAUCAAAUUUGUAUGCUAGGUUGCGUAUGUGGGAUGAGAUUGGGCAGUUGAGGGAGUUGGUGAAAGAAAGAGGGUUGAAGAAAGAUGUUGCGUGUAGUUGGAUAGAGUUCACAUGCUGAAUUGUAGGGCUUUGGAGAAUGGGUAUGUUCGGCAAACGGGUAUUGUUGAUUUCAGAGGAUGAUUCUAUUGAAGAAGGUUGUAUAAUCUAUAGAGCUACUAAAGUGAUUCCUUUUUCCAUUCAAGGUGUUACAGUCCAAUUUAAAUUCAUUGUCAAGGGAACUUCCCCUAUACCUAUAUCUUGAGUUGCAAAUAACUGGAUUAUGGCAUCUGAUUGGAAAAUUUAAAGUCUUACGGAUUGUGAAGAAAGUAGGUACAUAGGAUUGGCUUGACUUUCAAGAUUAAUAAAGGAAAUGCUUUGGCAUAUGGUUCAAAAGCAACAUGAGGCCAGAGGAUAUCUUUACGAUGCACCAUUUGAAAGGGAUUUUUUUAAAAGAAGAUUAUUCCACAUGGAUUCCUUACUAGGCUUAUUCUGAAGCCCAGUGCUGCAUCUGCUUCUGCUCCGCAGUGCAUAUUGAAGCAAUCUCAUUGUAUUUGUCAGGAAGCAAGCAAGAGCAGUACUAGCUAGUACGGUGCCAACCAUGGAAACAGAGCUUGGACCGGCAGCUAGCAAGGAUUUCCCAACCCAAGAUAUAAGGGCACUGAUCAAAUUCAUCGAAGGAUCUUUUCAUGAUCCUGCAAAAAGGGUUGUAAGAUGAAUGCUCUGGCUUCCCUUUGCCAUGUUUUCUAGCUUGUUGUACAUCAACUCUUUGACAUUCCUUGUACUUGGAAAAAAGGAAAAAUACCUCAAAAAAUUUUCACUUAGGAAUAAAAUGAUCACAAGAAAUUUCAAAAA